UUUCCUAUUCACCCUUAUCCACUGGGUGCAGCUGCAGCAAGCAUGAUAAAGAAAAUGUCACCAUCCGAGAACGACUUUGACAUACCCGCCAAGAAUUGCCACAGGAUGGUGAUUCUGGGCUCCACUAAAGUUGGGAAGACAGCUAUCAUCUCUCGGUUUUUGAACGAAAGGUUUGACGACCAGUACACACCUACUAUUGAGGACUUUCAUAGGAAAUUCUACAGCAUCAGAGGGCAUGUUUACCAGCUGGACAUCUUGGACACAUCUGGAAAUCACCCAUUUCCAGCAAUGAGGAGGCUUUCAAUACUCACUGGUGAUGUAUUCAUCUUGGUUUUCAGUCUGGACAACAGAGACUCAUUCCAAGAGGUGCAACGUCUCAAGCGUCAAAUAUUCGAAACAAAGUCCUGCCUGCGAAAUAAAACCAAGGAAAACGUGGAUGUCCCGUUGGUCAUCUGCGGCAACAAGUGUGACAGAGACUUUUACCGUGAAAUACAGGAGGAUGAGAUUGAGCAGCUGGUUGGAGGAGACGAGCACUGCGCCUACUUUGAGAUCUCAGCAAAGAAGAACAUUAACGUAGACCAAAUGUUUCAGACUCUGUUUACCAUGGCCAAGCUGCCCGACGAAAUGAGCCCCGACCGACACUGCAAAGUUUCCCUGCAGUACUGCGAGGUUCUCCACAGAAAGUCCUUCAGAAACAAGAAGUGCAAAGACGGGAAUGCAUAUGGUGUCGUGGCGCCGUUUGCACGGAGACCAAGCGUGCACAGUGACUUGAUGUAUAUUAAAGAAAAGGCAAUUGGAGGCAGUCAGACCAAAGAGAAAGGCUGCAUCAUUUGCUGACACUGUACAUCCCAGUGUGCAAAAGGACUUGAUAAGACUCUUACCUGAACUACUGCAGUCAGAACAUGCCCCCAAAAAACAGUGGAUUUUCUGUGCACAUAGGACAAGUGUCUCAGCUCACUGGCCUAAAACCUGUGUAAUGAUACAGUAGAUAAUCUGAAGAUGCUGUAAAAUCUACUAGAGUUUGCCUAAAGUGGCACUGGAGAAAAAAAAAUAAAUGUUUACAUUUUGCUAUUUUUAAAGACUUGAAUGUAUGUUGCAUUAUGAACAAAUUUUAUUGAGUAUGUAUUUAUGUCUACACCAACUUUUGCAAAAAAAGAAAAAAAGAAAAAAAAAAAAAAAGGAAAUAAAAACUU